UGUUCGCUAUAGACUGGCUGGUGUUUUUCAGAGGUAAGGGGGUGUGUCUGUGUCCCAUACGGGUAUCUGCCUUGGAGAGACUGAGCAGAGGCGGGAAAUGGCGCCUGGUAACACAACGAUUUGUCGUUUCGAAGACGGACCUUGAGUAGAUAUACAGAAAAAGUCGUCUCAGAUCACGAAAACAACCACUGGCUCUGUUGUGAUGGUUAAGCGGUCUUGAGUCGUUAACGCCAGACACUGCGGAUCACUGUAAACCUUACAUGUGACUGCUAAAACAAUGAGGCUGAGAAUGCGUAAGGCGUCUCAGCAGCCGAACCCCAGUCUGGCAAGCCGCCCAUCCCGUACCAAGCGGAGGCAUUCAGAAGUAGAAGAGGACACUCCUACUAGUGGAGGGAGGGGCAUAUUCUCCACCAUCAAGAAGUUCAUCAGAGGAAAUGCUGUUAAGGUGCAGGAGGAGAGCCCAGCCAAGAAGACACGCAUCCACUGCGAUGUGGACAACAACCUGAUCACCUCCACAACUCCUAACACCAACACCCCCGGCCGGACUAUCAGCAGGGUUGGCAGGAGAGGCUCCCUUAAUGGACAAGCAACCAAUCACGACAGGAGUAAGGAGAAGCCCAAUGGCAGUCUGGAGGAGACGACGGCCGUUGAGCUACCCGCCAGCCCCCCCCGAACCACACUUCUUGGGACCAUCUUCUCCCCUGUUUUCAACUUCUUCUCACCAGCUAAAAAUGCCUCGUCUGGCUCCGACUCCCCAGACCAGGCAUUAGAGGCCGAGGAGAUAAUCAAGCAGCUGGACAUAGAGCAAGCUGUGGAGACGCCCACCAGCACAGCCACUUCUACACAGGAACUGUGUGCUACCACUAACUUCUACUCUAGUGUAUCACAGCUGCCACCUAUGAGACCUCCACACAUCCCAGAGGUAUCUCCCGCAGCAAGGGAUGGAGAGCUCUGUGCUGAUGCUGACCUUCCUCCCCUCACAGCUCCAGGUUCCAGUCCAGACAUGGCAUAUGUGGAUGCUCCUCCCACUGCAGUACCACCAGAGGCUACCUAUGAAGAAGACUGGGAAGUCUUUGACCCGUAUUUCUUCAUCAAGCACGUCCCUCCUCUGACAGAAGAGCAGCUCACUCGUAAGCCAGCCUUGCCGCUGAAGACACGCAGCACGCCUGAAUUCUCUCUGGUCCUCGACCUGGAUGAAACAUUAGUUCACUGCAGUUUAAAUGAGCUGGAGGACGCAGCACUUACCUUCCCCGUCCUCUUUCAAGAUGUCAUUUACCAGGUGUAUGUCCGCCUGAGGCCGUUCUUUCGAGAGUUUCUGGAACGCAUGUCUCAAAUCUAUGAGAUUAUCCUUUUUACAGCCUCUAAAAAGGUAUAUGCAGACAAACUGCUCAACAUCUUGGAUCCUAAAAAGCAGCUUGUGAGACACCGGUUGUUCCGUGAGCACUGUGUCUGUGUCCAGGGAAACUACAUCAAGGACCUCAACAUCUUGGGCAGAGAUCUGUCAAAGACCAUCAUUAUCGACAAUUCACCGCAAGCCUUUGCGUAUCAGUUGUCCAAUGGUAUUCCCAUAGAAAGCUGGUUCAUGGACAAGAAUGACAAUGAGCUGCUGAAGCUGGUGCCCUUCCUGGAGAAGUUGGUUGAGAUGAACGAGGAUGUGCGGCCGCACGUUCGGGAGAGGUUCCGGCUUCACGACUUGCUGCCCCCUGAUUGAGCUUGACCACAGACUCUCAGAACGGGACAACAUGAAAUGACUGAAAAGAACAUGCGUGUAAAAAGCCCCUCUUUGGAUUACAAACUACAACAUUGCCAUUACUGUUAAAAUUUUAGCCUUUUUUUUAAGUCCACUGUUGCUUUUUAAAAAGAAAAAACUUGAAAAGAAAAACAAACAUUUUUAAAGAUCUGGGUGAAAUUUUCUAAAUGUAUAGACAAAAUGACACACGCUAUGAACAAGCCCAGGUAAACUCUUCUUUUUGACUGACCCUCCAGCUGUGGUACCGGAUAUAUCCCCUCCACACUAAAUUCUAACGUCUUGGAUAUGGAAGAGCCACCUGGUAAAGAGGAACUCCAGCCCGGCCGAGUCCCUAAACCCAAACCGACCCCUGGUGCGCUCGUGUUGAAGAAUAACUAUGCUCUGUGGCUACAGACCAUUUUCAGCGGGAAUGACUGGCCUGUAAAUCAAUCUGUGCAUGUGUGUACGUUUACUCCUAGCUACACACACACACACACACGCACGCACACACACUGAUUUGGUGUUUGGCAAACCUACAAUCUGUAGCCUUUUAAAACCAUAUGCAUUCCUCCGUAGCUGAGUCCAGUUUCUAUUGUUGGUUGCAGUUUUUUUUCUGGUAAAACUGGUGUUUCAUUGUUUAAAAAAG